AAAACAAAAAACUAGAUAGCAAUUUUUAAAUCAGGAUCCGAAGUAGAUUUUCGAAUAGAUUACCUUGUUCACCUUAAUCGACUAACAAACUCAAUUGUGGUCUUCCGUUACGCAGCAUCUCAUUCAAUGAGUGACAUCCUCCUGUUUGGCGUGUGAUGACACAAUCUGAGUACAUAGUAGAUAGGUUUCAGUUAGUUGCUAUAGGCUAAGUCUAACCCUGGUCUGAUUCAGGGUGUAGUUGUGAAUAAGUCGUCCAGACAUGAAGUGUUACGGCCUUGGACUUCUAACACUUUUCGGACUCAUCCAUUAUGGGUCUACAAUCUUGUGUUAUGAAUGCAACAGCGCAUCGAAUUCGAUGUGUUCAGACGCCGUGUUACCAGACAGCAUGAAGCGCAACUGUUCCGACCACGACAGGGGAGUGUCUCACACUCUGUGCAGGAAGAUGAUACAGCAUGUUGAUUAUGGAAUUAACGGUCACUUGCCCGAAAGUAGAGUUAUUAGAGGAUGUGGAUGGGAUGAUACCCGGUACAAGGGUGUUUGCUACCAUCGGUCAGGUUAUGGUGGUCGGCAGGAGGUGUGUUCCUGUUUUACAGAUCUCUGUAAUGGAGCGAGUGACUUCUCUUCUCAUCCUCAUAUCGUCGUCAGUUUUAUUUUAAUAUGCGUUUUUAAAUCGCUUAACAACAAUAUAUUUUAAAGGAAAGUAGCUAAAUUUUUGUCUUUAUAUAGAUAGAUAGUGACAGU